AGAACGCGUGUGGCUUAGGUGAGUGGGAUAGACAUCAAAGCGGGUGGGGACCGUCUGCAUCCCUGUUGCCAUGGAGACGGGAUGAGAGGGGCAGGUGUUUUUUUGAAGUAGCUCCUGCCCAGGCACCAUGGUGACGGAGAAGGAAAUCGAGCUGAUCGGCCGGACACUGGUGGACGCCGGCCAGCCCCUAAAAGCCCGUUUCCGGGCGCUGUUCACCCUCCGAAACCUAGGGGCAGCCAUUGAGUGGAUCAGCCGAGGUUUUCGGGUGACUCUGCCCCUCAAACACGAACUGGCUUACUGCCUGGGGCAAAUGCAGGACGAGAGAGCGAUUCCAGUCCUCAUUGAGGUUCUCCGAGGCUCGCCAGAACCCAUGGUCCGCCACGAAGCUGUAAGAGGCGCUGUGCGAGGCGCUUGGUUGCCAUUGGGAACCCCAGGAGUUCUAGACAUCCUGAAACAAUACUCCGAGAUCCCGUCGUCGAGGUGGGCAGAGACGUGCCAGCUGGCCGUGAAGAGGCUGGAAUGGUUGCAGGAUCACCGGCAAGAAGCGUCCUCCGGUCCUAAUCCUCUGUAGACCCCGGCGCCCCCGGCCGAGGAGGGGGACGUGGAAAGGGCUGCGGCAGGCUUUGCUGGACGAUUCGCGGGCCGCUGUUUGAGCGCUACCACCGGGGCGAUGUUUGCCCUGCGCAACGUGGUGGGGAACGCCGUCCUGGCCUUGGCUGACGGCCUCCGGUGCGGCAGCGCCCUCUUCCGCCACGAGGUCGCCUACGUCCUGGGCCAGAUGCAGCACGAGGCGAGCGUCCCGCAGCUGACCUCACUGGAGGACGGCGCCGAGAGCCCCAUGGUGCGCCACGAGUGCGCCGAGGCCCUGGGCUCCAUCGCCCGGGCCCCCUGCCUCUCCGCCUUGAAGGCCCACGCCCAGGACAAGGAGCGGGUCGUGCGGGAGAGCUGCGAGGGUGGCGCUGGACAUCUACGACUACGGAACGGCGGCGAUUUCCAGUACCCCGACGGGCUGAGCAAGCUGAAGGACUCGGACUGAAAAGGGCGCAGGGAGCCGGCCGCGUUUGGGCCGUUGCGAUUUCCUCCCGGUUUGGGAUUCCGCAGCCCUGGGAA